AUGAGAGUGUUUGUGCAGCUCGGUGACUACUGGCUACAAGCAUAUGGGUUUCUGACUCUUGUGUUACAGAUCGGGAAAGCCGCAAAGUUCGACUAUCCCCCAGGUUGGAGUUGGACAGAGCUGUCCGUGCUGGUGCUGUACUUUGCUGUCUUGCAGCUGCAUCGUGUAGCGGGAUGCUUUGCAAACAGGGCACAGAGUGCUCUUUCUACCGGCUGUUUCCUGGCGCUGACGGCUGUGCUUGUCCUCGUCACGGGAUACUUCGGGGCCUUGCAGGUCUAUGUGCUUCAAGUUGAAUUCGCGACGGGAAUCGUGUCUCUGUCUAUUCUUGGCUGUCAGCUUGUACUGGGCAUCUUCGCUGGUCAAAGAUACUCGAAGAGGCUGCUCGACGUCGUCUUGCUCUGCUCCUGCGCAGCUCUCGCAGUUAUCGCACUGGUGUCGGCCAGCAUUCUGGAGGCGACUGCUCAAACACUGGGCGCCGGGCAGAUGCAAUUUUCAUUGGCUGCUGGAUUGACUCUUGCACUCUUUGGUUUGCUUAUGGCACUCGUAGCUGGAUGCUGUUUAGUGCGUGAAGUGUAG